AUCCGUCCAUCCAUCCCCCACCACUCUGAGCUCUCUCCUUCCUCCUGAGUGGAUUUUUUCGGGGCAGUGCACAUAGACCCACCACCCCCCCCUCUUUCCUCUCGGACAGCUUUGCUCCACCAGUUCCGCACUGUGCCGGCCUGGAGAGGAGUAAGGGAGCGGAAAGAGGAGCGAGAAGAGAGGAUUUGGUGAACCGAGGAGAGACAGACAGGGGAGAGGGACCAUGGCUGCUCUCUCUGCCUUGCUGAAGACCUGGGUAAUACUGCAGACCUUGUGCCUGGCUCUGGCCCAAGUGAGGGGUCCACCUGGACCUCAGGGCCAGCCCGGUCCACCAGGCCCCUCUGGCACCCCUGGGUCAGACGGCAUUGAUGGAGAUAAAGGACCUCCUGGGCCCCCUGGUCCACCAGGACAAAAAGGAGAGCCAGGAGAGCCAGGUCCUGAUGGAGCACCAGGAGAGAACGGCAUUGAUGGUUUGAUUGGAGCAAAGGGUGAUCGAGGUCCUAUUGGGAGCCCUGGCCCUAAGGGUCAACCUGGACCAAGUGGUGAACCUGGACCUCCUGGACCCGGCCUUCCAGGACUGGCUGGCGCUCCAGGACCAAUUGGUCUUCCAGGUGAAAUUGGACAGAAUGGACCAAAGGGUGUCAUGGGACCACCUGGAGCUCCAGGACUUCCUGGACCUCCUGGCAAGCCAGGACCCCCAGGGAAGUUUAUUGGUGGAGAAGAAGGCAGUGCAGACUUCCAGUGUCCUCUUAACUGUCCAGCAGGACCUAAAGGCCCCCAGGGACUGCAGGGAGUCAAGGGACACAAAGGACGUGCUGGUGUUCUCGGAGAUCCUGGCAGCAUUGGAAAAUCGGGUCCCAGGGGAGAAGUGGGCAUCUCUGGGGAGCAGGGUAUCCCAGGACCUCCGGGUCCGAUGGGUCUGAGGGGUUAUCCAGGAAUGAUGGGGCCUAAAGGGGAAGCAGGACCUCGUGGUUACAAGGGCAUCAACGGACCUGUAGGAAUCCCUGGGCCUCCUGGUGAGGAGGGACCUCAGGGACCACCCGGAGAGGCAGGAGACAAGGGAGACAAAGGCAACCGAGGCAUCCAGGGCCCACAGGGCGCGGUUGGCAAAAAAGGAGAGAAUGGUCUGCCGGGUAUUGAUGGGAAAGAUGGCACACCUGGUAUUCCUGGAAUCAAGGGCGGCCCUGGCCAGGCUGGGAUGCCCGGUGCUCCUGGUCCUCAAGGAGCGGCGGGAUUGCCUGGCAGUCCUGGGACAAAGGGAGGACCUGGAGACAAGGGCGAGACUGGACCUAGGGGCCACGUUGGCAUGCCUGGUGCCGCUGGACCUCUGGGUGAGCCUGGUGUUCCUGGUGAGGCUGGUAUGGAAGGAGUUCCUGGACCCAAGGGUGACAGAGGCCAGCGGGGAGAAGCCGGGCCACAGGGUGUAGUCGGCAAGCCUGGAAACAAAGGAGAGAGAGGACCAAUUGGUGUUCCGGGAGCCCAGGGUCUUAGUGGAACCAAGGGAGACAAGGGCUUCCAAGGAAAAGUUGGCUCAAAGGGAGACAUCGGUGACCCCGGUGUUGAGGGAUUGGCUGGCGAGAAAGGUGAAAAGGGUUUGUCUGGUGAACCCGGGCCCAAAGGACAGCAAGGAAUUAGGGGUGACACCGGGCACAAUGGACCCACUGGAGACCCCGGUAAACCUGGAGACCCAGGACCACCAGGACUGCCCGGUCCUAGGGGACUCAACGGAGAGCGAGGAGUUCCCGGCAUGCCAGGCAUUCAGGGAUCAGCGGGACGCGAUGCAUCUGACCAGCAUAUUGUUGAAGUGGUACUGAAGAUGUUGCAGGAGAGGCUGGCAGCGGUGGCGGUGAGCGCCAAGAGGGCUGUGCUUGGUGGGGCAGGUGUAAUGGGUCCUCCCGGGCCUCCUGGACCUCCGGGUUCACCUGGUCCUCAGGGGCCACAUGGCUUACCUGGUGCCCGCGGUAUUCCUGGCAUUAUUGGAGCACCUGGACAGAUUGGAAACACAGGACUUAAAGGAAAGAGAGGGCCAAAGGGAGAUAGAGGAGAUCCCGGUAAACCCCAUCCAGGACCACCAGGACCCCCGGGAAUACCAGGUCCUCCUGGUGUCGACGGUGUGGCUCGGGACGGCAGGCACGGCGAGAGAGGACCUCAGGGAUCCCCCGGAGAGGCCGGUUACCCCGGUAAGGCAGGGUCGGCAGGCCUCCCAGGCUUUUGCGAGGCGGCCAUGUGUCUCGCUGCGUCAGCGUACACCUCCCCAAGACUACAGGAGGCGGGAAGAAUUAAAGGACCCAAUGUUUAGAGAGCCGUUUCUCCACGACAACAACUGGGAGAGAGCGGGAGAGAGAGAGAGAGAGAGAGAAGAAGAGAGAAGGAGACAACUCUUCUCAGUAGGACAACAUCAAGAAUGAGGGGUGGGGGACAAUAAUAGUGACUGGGUGUAUAUAGCGCCCCCUCCUGAAACUGACAACCUGAAGUUUUGACUUGUGGGAUAUACUCUUGAUCUUAUUCCCCCCCACAUCACCAUGACAACAGCAGCUCACAGCCACCCACGUCCUCCUGAAUUCUCUAGUGUUUUUGGAUGAUGUCAGUGUCAGUCCCAUCCAAAUAUCCCAGCCCUGUUCCAGCAGUGGAAGAGGAACAGAUUUACAUUGCGUCUCCCUGUCUCCCACCACCACAGUAUCUAUGAGAGGAGCUGAAAACCAAGUGUGGUGAAAGGUGCUUUUUCUUUAAUUACACCAUGGUCACUUUAAAUGGUUUUACAUAUGCAAUAUUUUGUUUGAGACAAAGUUCUUUUUUUAAGCCCUGCCUCUCUUGAGACAUCCUACCUGAUGCCUUAAAAGUGUACAAAAAGGACCAAUAAAUGAUUGAAGCCUAAAUUUACUCUCAGUCCUGUACUGUAUUGUAAAAUGUAGUUUUUUUUUUCCAUCUGUAAUCUUGAGUGAAAUCCCCAAUUUACCUCAUGUGUACAUUGCCCCCCUUCCUUGCCCUCCCUCCCGUUCCCCGCUUUCUACCCAAGUCUCAUUUUAGAAACUAACGACUAGCUUUAUCUCUUCCUCUUGUUGCCUGGCAACAGCAUAUCCCGAUGGGCACUCCCAUCUCCCACAAUGCAGUGCUGUAAAUCUUUGUAAAUGUGUGUUGAUUAUUAUGUAGAGAAAAAGAAAUGGGUUACGAUAUGCACCAACAAAAAUCCUGUGUUAAUGAAUUCAGUGAGUAAUAAAAAGUUCCUACAGAUAUAACGACUUUUUCUCAAAACGAAUCAGUCCGAAUGUGCUUCCUAUGCCACUGUCAACUUUCCACAGGGUGUCAGCGAUUUAAUGACUGAUUUAUUUUCAUCUACAGAAAUUAUUUAUUGUUCUUUAUAUAAUCAUCUGUAAAGAGGGUUUUAUCUCUGGCUGUGCAGGUCAACCCAAACCAAAUAAAGAGGAACCUUUUGUAAAAUGUAAUGUUCUUCUGUAUCAUGUGGGGGAAUGGAAAUGAGUCUCUUCAGCUUGGCUCACCUCUUUCCUUUUCCUUUUCUUUUCUCUUCUCCUAUUCUUCUAAAUCUUCAACAGCAUCAAUUCAUGCAUGUAAAUAAACUCCCACAUUUCCAAAGCUGCA